GAGAGAGAGAGAGAGAGAGAGCUUCAGAUUAUCGAAUCUUUGACACAGAAUCAAAUCAAUAUUCAAAUCUCAGGAUCUGAUCUGAUUGUUUUUUUUUCUUGAUACUGCCUUCUUUGCUAUUUUCGAUGGGUGCUCCAAAACAAAAAUGGACCCCAGAAGAAGAAGCAGCUCUUAAAGCUGGAGUUCUUAAGCAUGGGCCCGGCAAGUGGCGAACAAUUCUUAAAGACCCAGAAUUUAGUGGUGUAUUAUAUCUGCGUUCAAAUGUAGAUCUCAAGGACAAGUGGAGGAACAUGAGUGUGAUGGCAAAUGGAUGGGGUUCUCGAGAGAGGGCCAGGUUAGCAUUGAAAAGGAUGCAACAGGUCCCUAAGCAGGAAGAAAACCCUAUGGCUACUAUUCCUGUAUCACAAAGCGACGAAGAAACUGUCGAUGCUAAGCCUCUUGCAGUGUCUGCUGGUUCUCCACCUAUUAAUGUUGCAAAACGAUCUAGCAUGAGGUUGGACAAUCUCAUAAUGGAGGCCAUUAGCAAUUUGAGGGAGCCUGGUGGUUCUAACAAGACUACUAUUGCUACAUACAUAGAGGAACAAUACUGGGCACCUCCAAACUUUAAGAGACUAUUGUCUGCAAAAUUGAAGUUUUUGACUGCAAGUGGGAAACUUAUCAAGACGAAACGCAAGUACAGAAUUGCACCAACUUCAGCAUUAUCUGACAAAAGAAGACAGCCUUCCUUGUUACUUUUGGAGGGAAGGCAGCAAAAGACUUCUCCUAAAAUUGAUAGGGAUGAUAUGAAUGUUCAUACCAAAUCACAGAUUGAUCUAGAGUUAGCAAAGAUGAGGAGUAUGACUCCACAAGAGGCUGCUACAGCUGCUGCUCAAGCAGUUGCUGAGGCAGAAGCUGCCAUAGCAGAAGCUGAACAGGCAGCAAGGGAGGCAGAGGCAGCAGAAGCCGAUGCAGAAGCAGCGCAAGCUUUUGCAGAAGCAGCAAUGAAGACACUGACAGGGAGAAGCACCCCAAGGAUGAUGAUUCGUGCUUGA